AAAUAUUUACAAAAUUACUGAACAUUUUAAUCAAAUAAUUAAUAUUUAAACAAAACAGAGUUGAGUGUAAUUAUACCAAAGACCUAAGCAUGAGAAACAUGCUUGAUAAAUAUUAUUCAUUGUCUGACAGCCGUGAGUGGGAAAAUAGGACUAAUUCCACCUGGAUGACCUCCUGGAAACUCGUUUUCCGUUUGGGGAAUUAUAAGAAAAUAAUUCUUUCCAUCCCCUAAGGGUGUGAGUGUAUGUGCGUCUAUAUGUUUAUGAGUUUACUAAUAAUGGUGUCGUAUAAAUUUAUUGGUUAUCAGAAACCAGAUUUUAAGUUGUAUUGGCCUCCCAGGGCUUUCCAAGAUAACCUUAGAUGAUUUUGAUAAAAGGUUUAGAAUCUGGUAUUUAAGUCUGGCAUAAAAAUAAAUCCAUAUUGGUAUGAUCCUAGUUAUGACCAAGCUCCUUUAAUGAUUUAGACAUUUACUGUAUGAUAUAUGUAUGUGGUUUUAAAAUUUCCCUAUGAAACAACUGAAGAUGCUGCAUACAAAUUAUGGAGAGGUUAAACAAGGCAAAAAAUUGCAAAACAAUGAAAAAGAAUAUGCCUUUAUUUGCAUACUGACACAUGAAAAUUCACUUUCCACUUCAACAUCAGUAUAAAAACUUCAGCAUGUAGCAGGGACACAUAGUAUAUUAAGAGGAGUGAAUUUGAGCUGUUUUGAGAAUAACAAUAUUUUCUAUUUCUAUAAAGACAGCUUUGAACUCAUCCAUUAGUAUAUGCUGGUGCUUUCCUGUUGACAUUAGUCACAGAAUUUAAAGGCCCAAUGUUAUUGCACAGUUAGUAAUCAAGUAUUUAUUGAAGUUAAAGUCUGGAUAUUAAAGGAAUCAGAACCAGUGUUAUUAAGCCUGCAAUUUUUUUGGUCUAACAUCUAACAUGAUGUAUUUUCUGUUCAUCAUUUUAUCAAUUCUGUUAGUGUUUGCAUUUGUUCUUGGAAAUUUUGCCAAUGGCUUCAUAGCUCUAGUAAAUGUCAUUGACUGGGUUAAGACACGAAAGAUUUCCUUAGUUGACCAAAUUCUCACUGCUCUCGUGAUCUACAGAAUUGGUUUACUCUGGGCCAUAUUAUUAUAUUGGUAUGCAACUAUGUUUAAUUCGGCUUUAUGUAGUUCAGAAGUAAGAAUUUUUGCUUCUAAUAUCUCGGCAAUAAUCAACCAUUUCAGCAUCUGGCUUGCUGCUAGCCUCAGCAUAUUUUAUUUGCUCAAGAUUGCCAAUUUCUCCAACCUUAUUUUUCUCCACCUACAGAAGAGAAUUAAGAGUGUUGUUCGGGUGAUGCUGUUGGGGCCCUUGGUAUUUUUGAUUUGUAAUCUUGCUGUGAUAACCACGGAUGAGGGUGUGUGGACAAAAGAAUAUGAAGGAAAUGUGACUUGGAAGAUCAAAUUGAAGAAUGCAAUACACCUUUCAAACUUGACUAUAAGCACGCUAGCAAACCUCAUACCCUUCACUCUGACCCUAAUAUGUUUUCUGCUGUUAAUCUAUUCUCUGUGUAAACAUCUCAAGAAGAUACAGCUCCAUAGCAAAGGAUCUCAAGAUCUCAGCACCAAGGUCCACAUAAAAUCUCUGCAAACUGUGAUCUCCUUCCUCAUGUUGUUUGCCCUUUACUUUCUGUGUCUAAUCAGUUUAACCUGGUGUCCUUGGAAACAGCAGAGCAAACUUGUAUUUCUGCUUUGCCAAACUCUUGCAAUCAUGUAUCCUUCAUUCCACUCCUUCAUCCUGAUUAUGGGAAAUAGGAAACUAAAACAGACUUUUCUUUCAGUUUUGUGGCAGGUGACAUGCUGAGUGAAAGGACAGAAACCCUCAACUCCAUGGAUUCACAAGGGGAGUAUCAUGUGUCUUCUAGCAGUAAACAAACUGACAGUGUGUGGAACAUUUUAUAUUUCUAUUGAUUGUUCCAUAGUGUAUGUAUUUGAGUAAUUUCAAAAAAAAAAUACCUAAAAAAGUCUUACAUAUAUAUAUAUGGGUGUGUAUGUGUGCAUGUAUAAAUAACAACAUUGACCAUAAAUUAUGAAGCUGAGUAUAUUUCACAUAUUUAUUGUAUGUAUAUUUUAUUAUAGCUCAUUGUAUAAUAUUUCCUUUGAAGAAAUUAUUAUCUCCAUUUAUAAUUAGGAACUUACAGCUUUUAUGAGGAAAUUAAUGCUGUUUUCCAUUGUAAUUUGUACCACAUAUAUGUACUUAACUAUCAUUGGUGAACCCCUAAUUUUUUGGAUGGUAAAGACAUGCAAUUCUAAAUCAAUGAUGAGAAUGUAUCUUUGGGGUAGGUUUUAUUUCAUUAGGAAAUCUUAUUUUAUGUUUAGUAGAAAGCAAAUUGUUAGCUAAUGAUGCACACAACAAAAUUUGAGUGAGAAA